GCAAGCGUCGCGCCGCCGGCAGCUCCGAGACCUCGGGCGCACUGAGGCAGGUGCGGGAACGCACGGGGCGAGCCCUGCGGACCUGCGGUGGGAGCCCGCGGCCCGAGGCCGGCGCGGGGCUGGGCCUCCGGGACAGGAGCAGGCGGCUGCGCAGGCAGGUAGAGGCGCUCUGAUUUUGGGGAGCACAAGCCAACCUUCAUACCGGUCUCUGGCUUUAAAAGGUACUCGGCUAAGACACCAGCACCAGCUGCACCUGGCCAGGAGUCUAGUUUCCUUGUGGGAAGUCUGGUGGAUUUGACUUGGCUGCUGCACCCCCAGGCAGGGACAUGGCUGCAGGGGACAUGGCCUCGACCCGGCUGGGGGCCGGGAGGCAGCACCUCCGUCCACUGAAGAGGAGGGGCUUGGUGCUGCUGAGACUCACGGCCAUCGUCUUUGCUGUGUUUCUCUUUUGUGAAUUUCUAAUCUAUUACCUAGUGAUCUUCCGGUGCAGUUGGCCUGCAGUGGAAACUCCUGCGGAUGCCGGUGGACUCGGGACCCCUGAGCCUGUGCUCAGGGCCAUGUUCUUGGCUGACACCCACCUGCUCGGGGCUGUGAGAGGCCACUGGCUGGACAAAUUACGGAGGGAGUGGCAGAUGGAGCGAGCCUUCCAGACGGCGCUGUGGCUGCUGCAGCCCGAAGUCGUCUUCAUCCUGGGAGAUGUCUUUGACGAAGGGAAGUGGAGCUCCUCCCAGGCCUGGGCGGACGACGUGGGGCGCUUCUGGAAGAUCUUCCGACACCCGCCCCAUGUGCAGUUGAGGGCCGUGGCUGGCAACCAUGACAUCGGCUUCCACUACCAGAUGAACACAUACAAAAUAAAACGAUUUGAGAAAGUUUUCAACCCUGAAAGGCUGUUUUCUUGGAAAGGAAUUAACUUCUGUGUCCCAGGGACACAGUCACCAGCAGACUGCACAGGUGGCCCAUGGCUGAUCUCCUGCCCUUGCCUCAGUUUCGUGAUGGUUAACAGCGUCGCACUGGAAGGGGACAGCUGUGACAUCUGCUCUGGAGCAGAGGCUGAGCUCCUGGAAAUCUCUCACCGGCUGAACUGCUCCCGGGAGCAGGAGCAUCGCCCCCAAGAGUGUGGAGACGGGCAGCGGCUGCCGGCCUCGGCCCCCAUCCUCCUGCAGCACUUCCCGCUUUACCGGAGAAAUGACGCCAACUGCUCCGGGGAGGACGCGGCACCCCCCGAUGAGAAGUACACCCCCUUCAAGGAGCGCUACGACGCGCUCUCCCAGGAGGCCUCGAGGAAGCUGCUGUGGUGGCUCCGGCCGCGCCUGGUCCUCAGUGGCCACACGCACAGCGCCUGUGAGGUCCUGCAUGGGGCCGGCGUCCUGGAGGUCAGCGUGCCAUCUUUCAGUUGGAGGAACAGAAACAACCCCAGUUUCAUCAUGGGCAGCGUCACGCCCACAGAGUACGCCCUUGCCAAGUGCUACCUGCCCUGCGAGGACACGGUUCUGACCACGUACUGCACGGCGGCUGGGGGCCUCGUGCUCCUCAUGUUAGUCCAUGCUGGGCUUGUAGCCUCACCUUUUCACUUCGGUUGGAACAUGCUUAGAAAAUUUAAGACCACGUGAGUAGCAGGAGACGUUCUGCACUUAGUAGUAAGUCCCGAAGCCAACGAAACUGAACUUCGGGCAGUGCUUACGGAGGGCGAGACCAAAGUGGGCCAUGGGCACAGCUCGUAGGAUCUGGGUCGCUGGUGCAGAGUCCUGCAGAAUCAAUAGUUGAUUGUGCUGUUCUUACGCUGCAAAAAUGGGACUUGUCUCUACAGCAGGUCUGUCUUCUCGUUUUAUCAAAUAUAUGUGUAAUCAAAGAUUGUAUCUGUACAGUGUGUAAAAGCUAUGAAUGUCAUCACUUGCAUGCACUAGACAGCCUUCCUUCCCCAAGACGGAGGGUUAGCUGUUCACAAAUGCUGGGUUUGCUUCUGUCCUCCUAUGAGUAGUUCUCAAGUUCUUAUAUUUUAUAAAGCUGUAUACUUAAAAUAAAAUACAGAUGCUACAAGCAGGAAUACAUUGUUCUCAAGACUUCUGUAUUUCUGUGCUAAAUUAAUGGAAUCAGAUUUUUAUUAAUUAAUUUAUUUUUUUUGGCCGCGCCAUGCGGCAUGCAGGAUCUUAGUUCCCUGACCAGGGAUCAAACCCGUGCCCCCUGCAGUGGAAGCACAGAGUCUUGACCACUGUACCGCCAGGGAAGUCCCUGGAAUCAGAUUUUUAGAUGAGUGUAAUUUUCUCUCCAGCAGACCAAGUUGUUAAAUUUGAAUUGAAUGCCUGUCAGUGAUCAAAAGAAACUUGAAAAAUGGA